AUGGAGCUGGCCCGGCGCGGCAGCGCGGACCAGGGCUCGGCCGCCGCGGCGGGGCCUCGGCCCGGCCUUCCGUGGGGUCCCGCGGCCGCCGCCUCUCCCGCGCGGCCGGUGUCCUUCGGCUCCGGGGGCUCGGCCCGGCCGCAGCCGGGCGGCGGGACCCCGGCGGCGCCUUUCCUCGGGGGUGGCGGCGUCUCGGGCGUCCGUAGGAGCUCCCGGCCGGACGCCGCCUGCGACCCCUUUCUCUAUGCGUGCCCGCGGCCCGGCGGCGCGCCGCGCGGCGGGUCAGAGGAGCGGGCCUCGGGCAAGGCUGCCCAGUCCCUGCCGCUGGACGCCAGCCGGGUCCAGCCCGAGGGGACCGGCGGGCACCACCCCUUCGCGCUGCCGGCCCUGCUGCCCCCCAGCCCGGGCGCCCCCGCAGCUCGCCCCGCUAUGCCGUCCCCCGUAGCGCUCGGCCCAGCGCCGAGCCGACCCGCCUUCACCGAGCUCAGUCCCCUGGAGCAUGACGCCCCUGGCAAGCCGCCGCCCGCCGAGCGGAGGGAGAUGCUCCCCAAGGCGGAGUCGAGCGACCACAUCUCGGCCUGGGCGAGCUCCUCGCCCCGCGCCGCCGGACUGCCCAAAGCCAUCUCCAGCGAGUUCAUCGCCGGCGGGCGGGCGAGCCUGGCCAAACCUGCAGCCCUUUCCAAACCGGAGCCGGACGAGCUCUCCUUCUUCGGAAAGUCUCUCGGCCUGCCAAGCUCCAGUGACUCCUGCGAUGCGCUGCUCGGCGGCUCGGGAAGGGGCCCGGAGGACAACUCGUUCCGCAUCACCGUGGUCACCUGGAACGUGGGCACAGCCAUGCCCCCGAACGAUGUCACAUCCCUGCUGCACCUCAACACGGGCGAGACAAACGAUGCAGACAUGAUCGCCAUUGGGCUGCAAGAGGUGAACUCUAAGAUAAACAAGCGCUUGAAGGAUGCCCUCUUCACAGAUCAGUGGAGUGAGCUCUUCAUGGAUGUGCUGAGCCCCUUCCAUUUUGUCCUGGUCAGCACGGUGCGGAUGCAGGGUGUGAUCCUCCUGGUAUUUGCCAAGUACUACCACCUGCCCUUCCUGCAGGACAUACAGACAGACUGCACCAGGACGGGGCUAGGGGGCUACUGGGGCAACAAGGGUGGGGUGAGCGUUCGGCUCUCCAUCUUCGGGCACAUGGUCUGCUUCCUGAACUGCCACCUGCCAGCACACCUGGAGAAGGCUGAGCAGCGCAAGGAGGACUUUGCCACCAUUCUGCACAUGCAGCAGUUCGAGGGCCGCAUGGCCAACGGCAUCCUGGACCAUGACCUUGUGUUCUGGUUUGGGGACCUCAACUUCCGCAUCGAGAGCCUGGACAUCCGCUUCGUGAAGUAUGCCAUUGACAGCCACAUCCUCAGCCAGCUCUGGGAGAAGGACCAGCUGAACAUCGCCAAGAGCACCUGGCCUGUCCUCAGUGGGUUUCAGGAGGGACCCCUGAACUUCCCACCCACCUUCAAGUUUGAUGUGGGCACCAACAAGUAUGACAGCAGUGCCAAGAAGAGGAAGCCUGCCUGGACCGACCGCAUCCUGUGGAAGAUCAAAGGUGCCAGUGGGGGGCCUGGCACGGGUGGGCGCCGGCCCAGCCGGAGCGUGCUGUCAGUGAGCCAGCUCUGCUACUGCAGCCACAUGGAGUACACCAUCAGCGACCACAAGCCAGUAGCUGCCCUCUUUGCAGUGCAGUUUGCUUCCAAGGCAGACAAGCCCCCCGUUGAGAUUUACGUGGCUGAUGAAUGGAGCAGGCCUGAACAAGCAGUUGUCAGGUACAAGACGGCUGCUGGCUUCCACCGGAGCUCCUGGGACUGGAUAGGACUCUACCGGGUAGGCUUUCGGCAUCCCAAAGACUAUGUCUGCUACGUGUGGGCCAGGAGUGAGGAGGGGGAGCGCUGCCUGGAGAAGCAGCUGUGUGCACAGGUGAUGUUCUCGGAGGAGGCACUGCCCAAGGGGAAGGGCGAAUACAUCCUCGGGUACUACAGCAACACCUCCAGCAGCAUUGCUGGCAUGACUGAGCCCUUCCAGAUCUCCCUGCCCAGGUCAGAGGAGGGCAGCAGCCCCACGGACAGCUCGGGCAGCAGCUCAGAAGAGGAGGACGACAGCACCCUGGUCCUGCUGGCCCCCAAGUCCCGCAGCCCCAGCCCGGGCAAGAUGAACCGCCACCGGAGCCGCAGCCCCAGCCUGGCCAAGUUCCAGGGUCUCAUCCUGCGUCCGUCCAGCCGGGACAGGGCCACCAGCCGCAGCCCCUCGCCUCAGAGCCGCCGCCGCGGCCCUGCCGGGGACAUCCCCACCAUCCACCUGCCCCCCGCGGAGCCGGGACCGGGCCGUGCGCCCAAAGCCAAGGAGUGGGCGGCUGAGAGCCAGGAAGGCAGCUCCUGCUACCAGACUGUGCUGGAGCAGGGCCGCUGCAGGCAGGUCUCUGCCGACAGCCCCCUGGCCAGGGCCGACCCCCGCAGCCUGGGGCUGCUGCCCACCCUCCGCCUGGAGAUGAUCGACCAGGCCCUGGGCCGCCGCAGAGACAGCACCGACCAGGCCUACCCUUGCCAGAGGAUGAGCCCCACCAGCCCCCUGGGCUGCAGCAGCAGCAGCACCCCUAAAGAGGGGAGCAGCCCCCAGGAGCUGGACAGCCAUAGCUGUGCCAUGGGCCGUUGA